AUGACAACCGAUGCAUUGUUCGCAGCAUGUAGCACCACCAAGGCUUUUACCCAUGCAGCGAUUUCCAUAGCAAUCCAGGACAGCAAGGCCACUAACUUCCCGAUCGACUGGGAUACACCUGUUACUUCCCUAAUUCCAGAAGACUUUAUCCUGGAGAACGACUACGCAACCAAGAAUAUUACACUUGAAGAUGCGCUAUCGCAUCGCAACUAUACGUACAUCGCUGUUUCACAUGCGCUGGAGCAGCACACCGGCGAGAAGCUGGGAGCUUUCAUGAAGAAACGCAUCUGGGACCCGCUCGGUAUGAACGAAACAUUCUUCUCGCCAAGCGAAGCAAAGGCAAACCCAUCAAUCGCUGCAAAACUCGUGCAAGCAAUGACUGGCCAGCUAACAGUGGUGCUGGUGCUAUUUGUCAGUAACGUUAUCGACUACGCCCAUUGGAUGCGAGAGUCGAUUGAAAAGACCGGGCCACUGAAAGGACAUGACGGCUUAACAGAUCUGCGGACAAUAUAUUUCCAGAAUGAUGACUUGAACUUGCCAGCUCCGUACCAUGCGUAUGCGCUUGGAUGGGUCGUGCAUAACUACCGCGGCCAGCAUCUAUACAGCCAUGGCGGUGGCUGGCCUGGCUAUGCGAGCUGGGUGGGCUUCGUCCGCGAGAAGAAGUUUGGAUUUGUGGUUAUGGGCAAUUCCUCUUUGGCUCGAUAUGCCGCGUUUAGAUUGGUUACUUAUCUUUUGGAUAGGCGACUUGGUCUAUCGGAUGAUCCGAAAUACGAGCAGCAGAUUGCUGCUUGUAUUGCAAGACAAACGGAGACAUAG